AUGUCAACACCACCCAUCUGCACACCAGACAUUGCGGAGCUCCAUCCUGACGAGACCAGUGGGAACCGCAAAUUUGCAUGCCAUCAUGACAUCAAGCUACUGCUGCAGAUCACUUUCGCGAGUCCCUGGGAGGCCGACCACGGCAAGCACGCGUCGUUGCGGAAGUCGGGUACAGCAGAAGAGUACGAGGAGCGAGAGCAUUUGCUGCAGGAUAUCAAGACGCGUAUGGACGACUUCAAGGCCUCUGAAACAAUUCGACAAGAUGUAUGCCGAGGAAAACUGGAAGGGAUCGAAAAUUCGGGUACAUUGUUGCGGAAAAUGACGUUGGGAGAGCUUGAACGCAGCAGCCAAGAAGAGGCUGGCACACAAAAACGGAAGAAACGUAAAGCUACUGCACCAUCGAUUGACAUGAACAACCUCAUUCAUGCAAUUCAAGCAGGAAUUGAUGACAAGCACCGCCGAGAAGAGCUCAUUACUGAGCAAUCAGCAGCAAGAUUAGAGUUUGAUCGCGAACAAGCUGCCAUUCGUGCCGAACAACACCACGCUAAUCAGCUCAUGAUGAUGAAAUUGAUCAGCGCAAUCGCUAAACGUAUUGAAUAA